AGACAUCUGAUGGACGUUCACAACGUCGAGUUUUGUCCUGUUGAUGGAACUAUAACAGUAACCGGCAGUACCAUUCAACUUGUGAAUGAAACUAAACAACACGCAAAGAUCAAGAAGACUGUUAUUGACCUCUUGAGAACUCCUGUUAUGAGGAUAAGAUCAUUCAAUAUAUUCUUCUGUUGGGGUGUCUGCGCUCUGGUGUACUUCGGACUAUCCUUCAACACCAGCAGUCUGGGUGGCAAUGUGUUUGUGGAUUACAUCUCCACAAUGCUGGUCGAGAUUCCAUCGUACAUCUUCAUCUAUCUUCUUCUUGACAAGUAA